GAUAUAUAUUUGAACCUCAUAUUCACACAAAAUGGCAGCGUCCAUGUGUGAGGCCAAUAAUUUUCAGUUUUGUGCCAAGCCCGGGGCCAAGUCAGACACUCUUUAGUUUUUCAGUGUUUGAUUAAUGCGUAGACUUUACUGAUAAUAAAGCAUUGUAUUCCCAUAAUAUUCAUUUGAUUUACUUGCGUAUGUCAUGUAUAGACUAACUUAUUAGUCUAAGUUAAUCCAUCGAGCUAAUCUGCAAGCUGCAGCUGUAUCUCCGCCUCCGGUGAUGAUGGCCUCCACCUUGAUCCGCCGGUCGGCCCCGUGUUUUCUCGGGAGGAAAACGCGAGUUUCCGGUCCGUGGUCUGCGGCGCCAACGUGGCCAGCGCCAGCGGGCGCGGAUGUAACGUUAGGUGGCCAUUCAUCACGGGUUCACAGCAGCAGCAAACGGCUGAUGGUGGACAGGGUAUCAACUAUUUCAAAGUUUCUACCCUUCAACAAUGACAUCAUCGUGUGCAACAGACAAUUGUUAUGCAGAGCAAGAGGACUUAAAUUUCUGGAUCAUUAUUCCCAAGAAUUUUCUUCAAGUUCAAAUGAAAAGUCAGGAAUAACUGAAAAGGAAUUAAAAAGAGAAAUUGACGAUUUGACUGACAGAUUUAUGGAGACAAGAGAACUCUUGGAAGAUGCUAUGGAGGCCAAAGGCACAGUCUACUUCAAUGAUGAUCUCAAAGAUGCCAAGGAGGCUGUUCAAGAAACGCUGUCUCAGUUUGAGGAUCUGAUGGUGAAAUUGAGCGAGGAGCAGGAGAGGAAUGUGAGGAGAACCAUUGGACUCAAGAUGGAGGAGCUCCGAGCACAAGAGGCAAUGAUUGAUGAGAGUAUGAAAGAUUGAAUGUCAAUUAGAAUUUGUAUUGGUUAAUUUUGUUCAAGGAAAGUCAGAUGUUUUCAAAGAAUACAUUACAAAUUAAUGAUUGUUAAUGUUAAUAUUUAACAUGACCUGUAUGUUAGGGUGUCAUAACAUCAAAGGAAGACUUAUUAGUUUUUCCAUUACCAUUUUCUUAUAGCUAUGAGGCAUUGGGCAUCAUUCCUCGCCAUAGCUUUUAUUUUAGAGUCUUAUUAUUACAGGAUUUGGAAUUGCUGCAUCAAAUAUGCAAUUUUUCCAUAAUGGCACUUGUAUCGUCCCAUUCAGCAGACAAAAAUUGCAAUUGUCUCGGCACCAGAUAAAUUUAGCUAUAUGUUAUAAAGAUACCUGAAGAUGAUAAAGCAAUUUUGCAACAAACGCAGAACCCAUGAAAACUAUAAUGUUCCGAAAAUUUUGAAUAAAUUUUAAUUGCUCUAUAUUGUUAAUGCAUUUACUUGGGGGAAUUUCUUCCCAGCUGAGAUAAAGCACUCCAUUGUGAAGUUAUCAUAUAUUCAGAUCCCCUAUUCAGGGUUAAACAACUUUACCGUUGCUUGUCCAUUUAUUAUCAGUCUAUUGUGUUUACUAUUUGCUUACCUCUUUAAAUCCAAUUCACUCAUCAGCCUCAGUUUCAUGUUAGGCUAUAUUGCACUUUGCAGAGUUGAUACAAAUGCUUAGAAUUUAAUAAUUAUAUAUUUUCUUGUAGUAAAAGAAAAAAACAUCUUACAAAAAAGCAUUCACAACACCAACAGAAUAGGUAUUUCACAAAUGUUACCGGUAUUUGUAAUUUUUGCUAGUGUGCUGAUAGUGAAACCUUGUGUGCCCCUUUUCUUUUUUAUUUAUUCAGCCAACACAACAGGGUCUUGUUGAAUUCUUUCUACCGCACAAAGUAUACUCCAAGAUUAUGUUUUGUUAUAUAAAUAUUACUUUUCUGAGAGGAAGGGCUAUUUUAAAGUGCUGUGUGUUUUGCAGAUUGAUAUCUUACUUUUAGCCUGACAGAAUUGGAGAUUUGUUUGGACACAGUUCAUUCUUUGUAUCAUUGAUUUGGUAUGUUGUAUUGGAAUGGAUUCCCCCUUAUGAUCAAUUGCUUUUUUUUUACCUGAAUAUUAAAAGUUCUCUUCCAAUCAUGAAGCCAAAGUUUUGCAUGUCUUAUGAUCUGAGAGGUAUCAAGGUGCCUGCAAAGUUUCCUUGGUAAUGUUAUUAGUAUCAGACAAUCUAGCAAAGAAACAGUGAAAACAUUUAAGAAAUCAUAAAAGAUGUAUGGAAUUAUGUAAUCAUGCUAAUUAAAUUGAAUGUGUUUGAUUGUUGGUAAAAAGUAAAUCUGGCAAGUGUUUGACAGAUUACUUGGAUAUAACAUGCUUCAUGAUACAUGUGACACCAUGUGCAAGUUAACUAUAUUUGUGAAACACAUGUAUGAAGUACUUUAUGAAUAUAAAUGAGAAAUGUUGUAUGAACAUUGUAUUUUGAACAUUAAACUAUACUAAACUUGAUAAAAAGUA